AUGCCAAAGUUACCAGUUUUGCUUUUCUAUGUGCUCCAAGGUCUGGUUCACUUUAUCAUCGGACAGCAAACAAGAGAUCGAGUUGGCCCAUGGAGGCAAAGGAUUCAGUGGGAGAAUAACGGGCAGGUGUAUAGCUUAUUAAGUACUGGAUCCGAGUACCACGCACCGCUUCACUCCAGAAGGCAGUCCAGGGUCUAUUUGAGCACCAGAAACGAGGGCGUUGGGCAUUCCUCGCCCGGGAUCCGUGACAGAGCCGCACAGUAUAUACUAGCAGGCAGCCGCUCACCUGGAGCCAGGCAGUCGCAGCCUAUGGCGGCAUUACGUGUAGGGACUGCUGGUUCUCCGGGCGCCCGCCGCUAUACCACAGACCAAAUGAACAGAACAAAUGUCUCUGUUCCAAGGACGCUACACGAGUUCUCAGGUAGCGGUGUCCCAAGAGGAGGGAAUAACAGUCCCGCUCAAGAGGACAGUGUGGUUCGGAGAGGCUCUGGGGCACAAGGCGCUGAUAAUCAACUAGUGCGCAACUCCGGCGCAUCGGUUCCUGUUUCCAGAGAGCCAGCAAUGAUUGAAAACACAAAUUCCUACCCAAAUCCUGACUAUAGUUCUUUUAGCGGACCAGAUGAAUCUCACGACAUGGGCAAUAUUGAUCGAGUUGCUCCAGCAUCCACAUCAAAUGGGGAGAAUACACUUAUCGAGGAUACAGGGACACCCACUGACAUGGCCAGUGACGACCCUCGGAACCCUUUGAAAAACCACAGGAACACGGUUUUCUACAAUGCCUAUCCUUCAAAUGGAAGAUCGGUCACCCGCUCUCGACGUCCCCCUCCUGGAACUGGCUAUGGCACGAGAUAUUUCCAAAACGGUCUUCCGGACCUGGUUCCAGAUCCAUAUUCCAUACAGGCUGGUACAUACAUUCAGCGCAUGCAGAUGUAUGCGUUACGAUGUGCUGCAGAAGAGAACUGCCUUGCGCGGUCAGCAUAUAGACCUACAGUGAGAGACAUUGACUACAGGAUUCUCCUAAGGUUCCCACAGAAGGUCAGAAAUCGAGGCACAGCUGAUUUCCUUCCUGUUAAACCCAGACAUCAGUGGGAGUGGCAUAGCUGUCACCAACAUUACCACAGUAUGGAUGCAUUCAGCAAUUAUGAUUUGCUAGAUGUUAACACAGGGCGUCGAGUGGCAGAGGGCCACAAGGCAAGUUUCUGCCUAGAAGACACUGGCUGUGAGCCUGGUUUCCAUCGACGCUACGCUUGCACAACACACACUCAGGGUUUGAGUCCGGGUUGCCAUGACACUUAUGCUGCCAACAUUGACUGUCAGUGGAUUGACAUUACAGAUGUUCCUCCAGGCAACUAUAUCCUCAAGGUGACGGUCAAUCCUAAUUUCUUGGUUCAGGAAUCAGAUUUUUCCAAUAAUGUAGUGAGAUGUGAAAUCAUAUAUUCUGGCGCUUAUGUCCAGACACGAAAUUGUCGAGUAACCAGGUAA